AUGCCCUUCUACUCCAUCAAUGGGGACGAACUCACUGUAUUGGGACGCCAGCUGGAUACCGUGGCGCUGGUUGUGCAUGUUCCGCAUAAGACCCUGUCGCAACCUGAUUCUGCCGUGCUGGAUGCAAUUUCCAAAUGGCUUCUGUUGGUGCGUGGUCUAUCCGGAUUGAAGCAGAGAAGUACUUGGGACGCAAAAGCCCUCGAUCUACUUUACCUGGUAAAGCAAGACGCGAGGAAUGAUGAGAGUAGCUUAUCUCAGCGAGCGAGACUCCUGUCAUGGUACCGGGAUCUCGUUGCAGAUGGUCUACGAGUCGGCACGAAGCCCAAAGAUCAUUACAACCGCAACGACCUUGAGGGUGAGGACGAUAUUGAUUCGAUACAGGUAGAUCUUCAACACCGUAUUUGUGGCAAAAGACUUCUGUUCGUCACCAAGAAUGGGCGUUAUGGAACGGGCUCGCUCAACAUCCAAGAAGGCGACACAGUACAUGUUGUCUCCGGCGUUCCUACGCCGUUGUGCAUGAGGAGGCAGGCAAACGCUGAUGUGUACGAGAUCGCAGGACCCGCUAUCAUGAACUAUGACAGCUCUGAUGAUAUCUGGCAAGGUCGCUUGAAUCGCAUCGUGUUGUUUCGACAUGGCGGGCAAGAAGGUACGCUGCUGCUUCAAGUUUUGGGUGGCGAUGGAGAGCUGACAUGCGCCCAGGAGCCCACGAAACCCAAGCCGAAAGCUCCCCCACGGCGGACAGCGGCGAAAACGCAAGCCCCUCUACCACAAGUAGGAAAGGCAGAUGAUGACGGCGAUGCUAUGGAGGUGGACGGCGGCGCUGUGCAGCCUCCACCUGCAGUAGUAGAGAAUGCGCCGGACGUAAACCCAGGAGCCUCGACAUCUGCCGAACAGACGCGAAAACGGAAGGCGCCACUUACCCAUGGCACCGACGAAUUUGCUGCUCUCCUUGAGCCCUUCUACUACGGAAAGAGCUUGACCGACCCCAUCAACACUGCGCGCGACAAGUGGAAUUUAUUACCGGCGUUCCUGAAGACUAAGGGUCUUGUGAAGCAGCAUGUGGACUCGUACAAUCACUUUGUGGACGUGGAGCUGAAGAAGAUCAUCAAGGCGAACCGAUUUGUGCGCAGCGACUUCGAUCCCAAGUUCUUACUGGAAUACACAGACAUCCGCGUCUUGUCGCCGAACAGGCAAGAGGAAGACGAUCUCGACAACCAUCGCAGUACGGUGACGCCCAACGAAUGUCGACUUCGCGAUAUGACAUAUGCGGCGCCCAUUGUUGUGGAUAUCGUGUACACAAGAGGAAGCGCAAAGGUGAAGCGGACGGGCAUCAAGAUCGGGAGAAUGCCAAUUAUGCUGAAGAGCAACAAGUGCGUUUUGGCCGCGAAGAACGACCGCGAGAUGGCUGUCAUGGAUGAGUGUCCGCUGGAUCCGGGAGGCUACUUUAUCACACGAGGGCAAGAGAAAGUCAUUCUCGUGCAGGAGCAGCUGAACAAGAAUCGUGUCAUUGUCGAGAGCGCAAAGGGUAUCAUGCAGGCUAGCGUUACGAGUUCUACACACGAAAGGCGAACGAAGACGUAUGUCAUCCAGAAGAAGGGACUCAUGUUCCUGCGACACAACACGUUGUCAGAGGAAGUCCCCAUCGUCUUCGUUCUGAAGGCACUUGGGGUACACUCGGACAAGGAGAUUUUGCUCAUGAUAGCAGGCACCGAUGCCGCAUAUCAAGACAGCUUCGCCAUCAACUUCGAGGCGUGCGCAAGAGAAGGAAUCCACACACAGGAAAAAGCCCUGGAAUACAUUGGACACCGCGUUCGACUAGUGAAGAAGCCUCUCGGAACCUCACGUAUGCGUAAUUACCACCUCGAAGCUAUCGAAUGUCUGGCCAACGUCGUUCUACCGCACGUUCCUGUCGAAGGUACUAACUACCGACCAAAGGCUCUCUACGUUGCAUUGAUGGCUCGUAGAGUGCUAAUGGCGAUGCAAGACCCGAAGCUGGUAGACGAUCGUGAUUAUGUCGGAAACAAGCGUCUUGAGCUGUCCGGCCAAAUGUUGUCUCUUCUCUUCGAAGACCACUUCAAGCGCUUCAACCACGACUUCAAGCUGAGCAUCGACAAGGUGCUCAAAAAGCAGAAUCGCGCACAGGAGUUCGACGCCUUCUCGCAUUUUAGCGUACACAAGAACCACAUCACCAUGGGCAUCGAGCGCGCCAUCGCUACUGGAAACUGGAGUUUGAAGCGUUUCAAGAUGGACCGGGCUGGUGUCACUCACGUAUUGAGCAGAUUGAGUUACAUCGCAGCGCUUGGUAUGAUGACAAGAAUCAGUUCCCAAUUCGAGAAGACUCGCAAGGUCUCUGGUCCUCGUGCACUGCAGCCUUCGCAAUUUGGCAUGUUGUGUACGUCCGAUACCCCUGAAGGUGAAGCCUGUGGUUUGGUUAAGAACUUGGCCUUGAUGACGCACAUUACAACCGAGGACGACGAAGACCCUGUGCGAAAGAUCAUUUUCCUGCUAGGUGCCGAGGAAAUCUGCUCACAAACAGGAGAAGAGAUCCACCGUGAAGGUGUGUAUAGUGUGUGUCUCAACGGUACGCCGAUUGCGAUCACAGAUAUACCAAAGCGCUUCUUGAACAGCUUCCGAAAGCUGCGGCGAAUGGGCCGUAUAUCGGAAUUUACUAGCAUCCACAUCAACCACGACUUCUGCGAGGUACACGUCGCCACAGACGAGGGUCGUAUUUGCCGGCCCAUGAUCGUGGUCGAGAACCAGCGCUCAAAGGUCACAGGCCGGUAUCUGAAGGCUCUGCGCAAAGGCACAAUGGAGUUUGAAGACUUUUUGACACGGGGGCUUGUCGAAUACCUGGACACGAACGAAGAGAACGACACCAACAUUGCUCUGAAGGAGACGGACAUCAACCAACAUACAACCCAUCUCGAGAUCGAACCGUUUACUAUCCUCGGUGCCGUCGCUGGUCUCAUCCCCUACCCACAUCACAACCAGUCGCCUCGUAACACCUAUCAAUGUGCUAUGGGUAAGCAAGCCAUUGGCGCCAUCGCGUAUAACCAGUUCAGUCGAAUUGACACCAUCCUCUACCUCAUGGUCUACCCGCAAGAGCCCAUGGUCAAGACUCGCACCAUUGAGCUCACGAAAUACGACAAGCUACCAGCCGGUCAAAAUGCUACCGUCGCAGUCAUGUCUUACUCCGGCUACGAUAUUGAGGAUGCGCUCAUUCUCAAUAAGGCAUCUUGUGAUCGUGGCUUCGGACGCUGCCAGGUCAUGAAGAAAGUCUCGCACCAGCUCAAGUCUUAUGCCAACGGCACUUCAGACCGCAUCAACGCCGGCGCCCUCAAGGUCGACGAUCCGACGCACCAAGCCAUCGGUCAAGAUGGUAUCGCCCAAGUCGGUGCACGCAUCAACCAAGGUGACGCAUUCCUUCUCAAAGCCAUCCCCCAAGAUACUGCCGGCCCACCCUCAACCACCUACAAAGACAAGCCCGAGAAAUACAAGCUCCCCGACUGUUCCUACAUCGACAAAGUCUGUAUCACCGAGAACGAAGCCGGCACAACCCUGAUCAAGAUCCUCAACCGCCAAACCCGCCGCCCGGAACUCGGCGACAAAUUCUCCUCCCGCCACGGCCAAAAGGGAACCACAGGCCUCAUCGUCCAGCAAGAAGACAUGCCCUUCAACGACCAGGGCAUCAACCCCGACAUCAUCAUGAACCCCCACGGCUUCCCCUCGCGUAUGACCGUCGGCAAAAUGAUGGAACUCCUCUCUGGCAAAGCUGGCGUCCUCAAUGGCACCCUCGAAUACGGCACCGCGUUCGGCGGCUCCCGCGUCGAGGACAUGGCCGACAUCCUCGUUUCCAAGGGCUUUUCUUACACGGGCAAGGACUACCUCACCUCCGGCAUCACCGGCGAAGCGCACCAGUUCUACACCUUCUUCGGGCCGAUCUACUACCAGAAGCUCAAGCACAUGGUGCAGGAUAAGAUGCACGCGCGUGCGCGCGGGCCCCGCGCUAUCCUGACGCGCCAGCCCACGGAGGGCAGGGCGCGCGACGGUGGACUGAGACUGGGCGAGAUGGAGCGCGAUUGUCUGAUUGCGUAUGGGGCGAGUCAGUUGUUGCUCGAGCGGCUGAUGAUCAGCUCGGAUGCGCAUAAUGUGGAUGUUUGCGAGAAGUGUGGGCAGAUGGGAUACAGCGGGUACUGCAAGCUGUGCGAGAGCGAGAAGGCGGUGCGAAGGAUUACCAUGCCGUAUGCGGCGAAGCUGCUGAUUCAGGAGCUGGGGAGUAUGAAUGUCAAGGUUACGAUUGGGCUGGCGGAUGAGUUUCCCAGGGAGUCGUAG